AAUCUCUGUCCAUAAAUAAAUAGAGCCAAAAAAGAAAAACUUUUCGCUCUCGACAAAGCACAAAGGAGAAACACAUAAUGGUUCUGAUCAAAUCGAAUACGAAGGGGGAGGAAGCAAACAUAAUUAAAAGAAAAAAUGAUUCUCUCUCUUCGGUUUCUGCAACAAAACGAGAAAACCUAAUGGGUAUGAUCAAAUCGAAUCCGAAUCCGAAGGCGGAGGAGGCAAAUAUCGAUCCCUCAGACCUACUCGACGAAGAAAAGGAAACUCACAAGGCGGCUAUAUUGUCUUUGUCCGAAACUGCCGAAAAGAUGGAUCCCUCUUCUCUUGCGACUUUCCUCGAGAAAGUAUCGGACGAGGAUUGGUAUCAUCCGUUGAAGCAGAUAUUGAAAGUAAUCGAUUACUAUGGGAUUCAACUUUCCCAAGUAUCCUCCUUUCACUGGGUCAACAUGUUCGACGACUAUCCUCUAUCCAAACUCAUUCAUGUUCCGUUAUCUCUUAUUCCUAUGUCUGUCUACGAACAAUCACUCGAUUUCAUCAACACGCUUCCAUUCGAGACACUGCCUGCCGUUGUACUAUGGGCCUCUGAUCUCAUUCUCACUGAAUGGCCUGGCGUUGUCAAAGUUGAACAACUUAAUUCUGACUUAUCUAAGGUGGCAACAUUUGUUGUAUUAGCCAUGGUGCUGCGUACCAAACCUGAUGCUUUGACUCUCGUUUUGCCAAAGCUGAGGGACAGACCUACAUAUCAAGGCCAGGACAAGCUUCCCUUUAUAAUUUGGAUGAUGGCUCAGGCCUCCCAAGGUGAUUUAUGUGCUGGCUUGUAUUCGUGGGUGCGUAACUUGCUGCCACUAGUCGUUAAGAACAAGUCCUACAGCUCUCAGUCAAUUGAUCUCAUCCUGCAAUCUCUUGAGAUGUUUUUGUCCUCGAAUCCAGAGGCUCGGGCUGUACUCCUAAACGAACCUGUUAGGCAUGGAGAGAGGCUGAUUCCACCUCGUUCGUUUGAGAUCUUGGUGCGGCUUACAUUCCCUGCUAGAGUAGGGGAGGCAACGGAGAGGUUUGAGGCAAUUUAUCCCUUGUUGAAGGAAGUAGCCCUUGCACCAGAUACUAUUACUAGUGCAAACGCACUGAAACAGAUAUUCACUUUUUCCUUGAAAUUAGCUGGUGGACAAGGAAAUCCUGAUGUAGCCAAGGAAGCUAUAGAAAUCGCCAUCAGGUCUGUAACAGAAAACGUUGAUUGCUUUAAGCAAUGGGAUAUUCUCUAUAAGGAGAAUCUUGAAGCUAGCGUUGCUCUUCUUAAAAAGCUUGUAGACGAAUGGGAGGAUCAUUCCUUUAAACUAUUAUCAUCAUCGUCGAGUGAUGCUCUCACUGUCAAGCAUGCUAUAUAUAGAUUCAGGAUGAAGAACGAAAAAACCAUCACUAAAGGAGUAGCCAAUAGUUUUCUUUACGAAGAAGCUGAUAAGUCGUGCAAACUGAUCUUGAGGAAACUCUCCCGUGGAAGUGGCGGCCGUAAAAUAACACCCUGUACCACUAUGGUUAUAGCAGCUGCAGCAGCCGUUGCAGGAGCUGCACUUGUUCUGCAGGAGGCACCGCACUUGCUCGUAUCUUUCAUUUUGAUUUUCAUUUUGAUUUUUUUUUCUUUCUUUCUCGUAUCUUUUCCCUGAAACUCGAAGAGAGAGCCUGAAUCUUGAUCGAUCUAUGCAUUAGAGAAGAGUCUGAUUUAGUGACCUAUGAGACAAUUUAAAACUCUAUGAAAUACAGAAGAACGAAACAAUA